AUGGAUGACACUAAGCAAUACAUGGCUAAGACAAACACCUUGUUGAGUAGUCAAGCGACAUCGAUCCGAAACUUAGAAGUGCAAAUGGGCCAAUUGGCAAGUUCCAGUUCAUCAAGGCAACAAGGUUCUCUUCCAAGUGAUACCAUUGCUAAUCCUAAAGAGCAGUGUAAGGCUAUUUUUACAAGGAGUGGUUUGCAACUACAAGAUCCACCAAUGAGGUCGAGUAUAGAAAAGAAACAUCUAACUGACAAAGAAUAUUUAAAGAAAAAUAAUCUGGAUCACCGAUUUGCUAAAUUUUUAGAGGUAUUCAAAAAGUUCCACAUCAACAUUCCAUUUGCGGAGGCCUUGGCUCAAAUGCCAACUUACAUGAAGUUUAUGAAGGACAUCCUCUCUAAUAAGAGGAAGUUAGAGAAUUUUGAAACAGUCACAUUGACUGAGGAGUGUAGUGCCAUCAUUCAAAGGAAAUUGCCACCAAAGUUAAAAGAUCCGGAUAGUUUUACCAUUCCUUGCACUAUUGGUAAUUCAUAUUUUGGAAAAGCAUUAUGUGACCUUGGAGCAAGUAUAAACCUCAUGCCAUUGUUGGUCUUUCAGAGAUUGGGCUUGGGAGAACUAAAGGCCACAAUUGUGCUACUCCAAAUGGCCGACCGUUCCAUCAAGUACUCACGGGGCAUUUUAGAAGAUGUGUUAGUAAAAGUGGACAAAUUGAUAUUCCUGACUGAUUUCAUAGUACUGGAUGUGGAAGAGGACCAAGAUAUUCCUUUAAUCUUAGGACGACCAUUCUUAGCUACCAGAAAUGUUGUGAUUAAUGUUUCGAAAGGGGAGUUGAGUCUAGAAGUGAAAAAUGAGAAAGUAACUUUCAAUGCGUUCAGUCCACUCAAGGGUCCACAAGGAUCUGAGACUUGUUGCCGGAUGGACAACAUAAAGAAGACAUUGUGUGAAAAGAACUCGGUAAAGGCUCCAAAGCAAUUUAAAAGGCAAGAUAAAGCAUGUGAGAUUCCCCCUAAGAAGGAACCAGAUAAAGCUAGCAAUGGGAAUGUAGUAAUUGCAUCACAGUACUAUCAAGGAAGAAUGUCCAAGUUUGAAGACCCAGAAAAUGAAUUCCCUAACCCUUGGCUAUCCUCAGCGCCAAUAUCUACCCCUUUCUCGCCAGUUUUUGAAAAUGAUGAUGAUAAUGGUGGUGAGGACAUAUGA